UCAAAUAGCCUUCAGAUGGUGUACAUUACGAUUAUAUCGGAAUUUAAUGUGAGAGAAAAAAAAAACGUGGGUGCGCAUACAUUCAUACUCACACACAUCACAAUUUUUUUCAUUUUGUUGGGAUAUAUGUAAUGUAUUUGCGCCCACCACAUUUCUUUUUCACAUUAGAUUCCAAUAUGAUCAGAAUUUACACCAUCUGAAAGGUAUUUUUAGAGAAUUUCAUUUAAAAAAUCCAUUUUUCUGAAAGAUAUGAGGAAACAAAAUCAGUGGGGCACACUUGUGUAGGUAUGCCAACUAUACAGUACCCCAUUGUUUUUUAAAGACGAUAAAUUCUAUUGAAGAAACUUUGGUUGCUAUGUCUAGCAUUAUGAGAGACGACGUCGAGGCUCCUUCGUUAGCUAAGAUGAUUUUUUUCAGUUUUAGCACGAGUUUGACAGUUAAAAAUAAACAUGUGUCUUAAUGGGUGUGUCCUGUCUUACAUGUGGUUAGUUUAGCCUGUACUUCCGGUGAACAGCAACAUGCUGUAUUUCAGAUUGCCUCUGAUUUGGUUAGUUUGAGCCCAAGACUUGCGUCAACAGAUUGAGGACAUAUAAGGAGGGAUAUGAAAAGGAUAUGUUGUUGUUGUUGUUGUUUAAUGAGACAAGAAAUACAGAAGUUAAGACAGAGAAGAUCGGUCAUCUUACUGUGUUGAUGAAAUAUAUCUUGUGCUUCUGAAAUACUCUCUCAUAAUGAGUGUUUUUAAAUGCGGAACCUGUGGUUCAUAUUGAACACCUGAAAUUGUGGUAUAUCCCUUUACAAACAUCCUUGUUAAGCAUAAACCACACACACACACACGCACACACACACACACGCACGCACACGCACACACACACACACUAGGUUAUUCUAUAUUAUUAUGAGGAGAAAUGUUCCUACUUAUAAAACAAGCUUGGCAACAGGAAUAGCACCUGGCUGUAAAAAUCCUGUUUUAAAUACUUCCUCUAUCUAAGUCAUGCUAGCAUGGAAAAACAGUUAUUAAGUGAACAAACAAAUGAUUAUGAAGAGAAAUUAUUUAUUGUAAAUAGCAGCUUAAUUAAUAGCAAAAUGGUUAAAUCAAUAGCAAGACCUUAUCAAUGUGACAUUUGUGGCAAAGCAUUUACCAAAAAUAGUCAUUUGACAGAUCAUAGACGUACCCACACAGGUGAUAAACCAUUCCAUUGUGAAUUUUGUGCCAAGUCUUUCCCUGUGCAAAGCAGUUUAAUUAAGCAUAUAUUGGUUCAUACUGGAGAGAAGCAAUACCAUUGUGAAAUUUGUGGCAAAGCAUUCUCACAAAACAGUAACUUAAAUAAGCAUAAACUUAUUCAUACUGGUGAAAAACCCUAUCAAUGUGGAGUUUGUGGCAAAUCAUUUGCUGUUGAAAAUUACUUAAUUCAACACAAAUUUAUUCAUACAAAAGAGAAACCAUAUCACUGUGGAAUUUGUGGGAAAUUAUUUUCUCGUAAGAAUUAUUUAUUAGUUCACAAGCUUGUUCACAAAGUUGUAAAACCUUUCCAGUGUCAAACUUGUGGAGAGAGCUUUUCUAAAGAAAAAGGUUUAAUUCAACAUGGAGUGAUACACACUGGUGAGAAACCAUUUCUGUGUGACAUUUGUGGAAAGGCAUUUUCUCAAAACAACUACCUAUUAAUUCAUAAACGAAUUCACCAGCCAGGGAAACCUUACUGUUGUGAAUUUUGUGGAAAAGCCUUCACUGUCAAUAAAAAUCUAAUCCAGCAUAAAGUUGUUCAUAGUGGAAAUAAACCUUACCACUGUGAAAUUUGUGGAAAAAUAUUUUCCCGAAAGAAUGAGUUAACUGUUCACAAACGAGUUCAUACUGGGGAAAAACCAUACCAUUGUGAAAUUUGUGGAGAAGCUUUUGCUGAGAUUGGUACUUUAAUAAGACAUAAACUGGUUCACACUGGAGAGAAAUCAUACUGCUGUGUCAUUUGUGGUAAAGCAUUUUCACUAAGAACUAACUUAAAUAAACAUAAACUGGUUCAUACAGGAGAGAAACCUUUUCAUUGUGAAUUUUGUGGGAAAUUAUUUACUCAAAACAGUAACUUAAUUAUACAUAAACGUAUUCAUACAGGUGAGAAGCCCUACCACUGUGAUUUUUGUAGGAAAACCUUCUCUUCAAAUGGAAACUUAAAAAGACACAAACUUGUUCACAUGGAGAAAGAUACAAUAGCAAAGAAUCUUAGCUAAGUCGCUUUUUGGAUAGUUUCUUCAUUAGAUUGGUUCCUUAAUCAUUGAGAAAUAUUUUUGAAGUUUUACUUAAUACAUAACCAACUAAACAGAAUUAGUGAAUAUUCUUAAUGUUGCCUGUAUUAAUUGGCCAUCCACAUUCUGUAGCCUUUGAGUAAAUAGAAUCAAUAAUUCAGGGUAUUGUUAAACUCUCUCGUUGACUGACAAUGCUCUGAGAUCAAAUCUCACCAAGGUCAUAUCCCUUCAGUAUUGAUAAAAGAUACCAAUCUGGAGCAGUUGAUUGGUGAAACCAUAAGAACUUUAGUAUUUGGUCCAGCUCUUUGCAUUCUAAGUUCAAAUUCAGCUAUAGUAUACUUGGGUGGUUGACUUAAUCCAUCACCCAGUUUAACACCAACACUUGGCAUUUUGGGUGCUUUUUCACAGAAUCUUUUCUGCUGCAAGCAUUCAGACUGGGUCUUUUAUUUGAGCAUACAACGAAUUGAAGGAAUUCAUUGCUAUCUUUAGUCACUCUUUCUGGGUUGAUAAAAUAAAGCAUCAGUAAGGUACUGGGUCGAUGUAAUGGACUAACCCAGUGGUUCUCAACCAUUUAUUUGCUUAUGGACCCUCUUUGGUUCCUAUUUUACUCCAGUGGACCCCCUCCGUAGCCAUUCGAUGUUUGAAUAAAAUAUUAUUAUAUUUUAUAACUGAAUAUUAGGAGAGUCAAGACUAUGGAAAAGGUCGCAAGACGCAACGAACAUUUUAGGAAAAUAAAAAUAAGAAAUAAGUGGAAAUUUUACCGGUGAGUGUGUUAAAUUAUAAGGCACAAAAAGAAAAUGACUCUCCCCAGACUCGACUGAAUAUUAGGAAUUGUGUAAAAAAAGUUGUUGAAAUAUUUUGUGUAUUAUGGAAGUAUAACCAAUUUCAUUUCACAUGAAUUUUAACAACAAAAUCUUAUAUGGACCCCAAUAUGAUCAUACGAACUCCAGUUGAGAACCACUGGACGAACCCCUCCCCUAAAUUUGCUGGCUUUGUGCCUAAAUUUUGAAAUAUGGUCUAAGGGAAAUAACUCUGAAUUAGAAAGGACCAUGAAACUAUGUUAACAGUAGUUUUAUUCGUGAUAUAAGCAGUUGUGGGUUUAUAUUUCUAAAUGCAUUUAUAACAGUUGUUUCUAACAGGCACGAGGCCUGAAAUUUGGGAGAAAGAAUUAUUCACUAUCAUAAAAUAUAAAGUUGAACUCAGAACGUAAAGGAUUGAAAGAAUAUCACAAGCCAUUUCUUCUGAUACUAAUGGUUCUGCCAAUUUUCUUCUCAUAAAUGUAUUUAUAACACUGAUCUUUGAGAUGGACACAAAGCGUCAUAAUUUGUAUGGAGGAAACACUCAAUUAUAUUGUCACCAAUACUUGACUGGUACUUACUUUAUCAACCGUGGAAGAAUGAAAAACAAAGUUACCACCAGAAGAAUCCAACCUCAGAAUAUAACCAGCUACCACAAGUCUGUUACCUUGCCAAUUCUGCCAAUCCACUGCUCUUAAAUUCAGUUCUCAUAAGGUUUGCUAAUACCAGCUCACACAUUUUGGGAAAGGGUUUAGUUGAUUUAACUGACAUCAAUACUUUACUGGUAUUUAUUUUACUGUCCUUAAAUGAAAUUUUUAUAAUAAACAAGAAGCAAUUUAUUACGCAUGGAUUUUUUUUUUAUACUCUUUACUUAUUUCAGUCAUUUGACUGCGGCCAUGCUGGAGCACCGCCUUUAGUCGAGCAAAUCGACCCCUGGACUUAUUUUUUGUAAGCCUAGUACUUAUUCUAUUGGUCUCUUUUGCCGAACUGCUAAGUGACGGGGACAUGAACACACCAGCAUCGGUUAUCAUGCAAUGCUAGAGGGACAAACACAGACACACACAUAUAUAUAUGUAUAUAUAUCUAUAUAUAUAUAUAGAUUUAUAUACAUAUACACACAUACAUACGAUGGGCUUCUUUCAGUUUCCAUCUACCAAAUCCACUCACAAGGCUUUGGUUGGCCUGAGGCUAUAGUAGAAGACACUUGCCCAAGAUGCCACGCAGUAGGACUGAACCCAGAACCGUGUGGUUGGUAAGCAAGCUACUUACCGCACAGCCACUCCUGCGCCUAUAUGCGUCAUCUAUGAAAAAACAUUUUUUCCUGGUGUGUAUUUAGCAUCAUAAAACCAAAUUUGAACUCUAUAUAUAGUUAUAAUGAACUGUUCGUGAGCUUGAAGACUUUCUUUUCAUAUGUAAAUUGAAAUAUUUUUACAUGCUUUGGAGAAAAUGUUGCUAUAACCCUUUUACUGUGGAAAACUCAAGAAGACGUUGACAAUACAAAUAUUUCUUUUAAAUAUUUAAACCUUUUUGUAUAUGAAAAUAAAUGGCAAAGUUUUCAUUGGUUAGCUUGAUCUAUA